AUGCCGGACCUCACCGCCGCCGAGCUCAGCAUUCCGGCCGAGCAGAACCCCGAUCCCGCAAAAUCACUGGUAAUUCCUGUCGACUCAACAGUGGUAUCCUCUACCCGGCGCUGCAUUCCGUGGUCGUGGGCCGCCAUCAGUGGCCUUCUCCCGUUUUGUGAGCCCGAUCCCGCUGUGGCCAGCUACUUUGAUAGACUCAGCGUCCUGCGGCUGUCCAUCUUGGCCGCGGCGUGGCGCCGCAUCCUCGGUGCCUUGUCCGACCUUGGCGUAUUCGCCACAGUGCACGUGGAUGAGGACGCCUGGUCUCCAUUGCGCUUUGUGCACUGGCGACGCUGCAACGGCGACGCUGCAGCGGCGGCGACGCUGCUGCGAUGGGGAGCGCCGCUGUGGUCAGUUGCGCUUUGUGCGCCGGUGGCGCUGCAGGGGCGACGACACUGCAGCGGCGACGCUGCUGCGGUGCUGCGCCUGCACAGCACCUUUGAGCUUUGUGCACAGUGGCAAUGA